AUAUCGACCAGUAUAUAUGAAAAGUCACGGAGGAGGCCAGCAGCCAGCAGCCAGCAGCCAGCAGAACACCCAGACGGAUAUUAAUUUAGAAUGAGUAUUGUGGUGAGCAAGUCAGCGCCGGUGGUCGUCCGGCCAUCGGAGCCGGCCACAUCGACGGCCGACAAGAUCCUUCUGUCAACUUUGGACAAGCCUGUUGCCACGAUACCAGUGACCGUGCUACUUGCGUUCGACCACCCCAUCCAUGACGCCACCGCGGAGACCAUCAAGACGGCUCUCGCUCAAUCACUCGUCCACUACUAUCCUAUCGCCGGCCGCAUUUCCUGCGACAAUGACGACGGCGGCCAUUUCUACAUCGACUGCACCGGCGAGGAUCUCGGGGUCACGUUCGUGGCCGCGUCCGCCAACUGCACCAUGGAGGAGCUCAUGUGUCUCGUCGACGACCAGGCUCCCGACGACGAGACAGCGGUGGUGCAGCAGCUCGCCUUCAACUGCACGCCCGACGACCUUCAUCACCGUCUGCUGUGGGUGCAGGUCACCACUCUCAACUGUGGAGGCUUCGUCGUCGGGGUGACAUGGAGCCAUGGCGUGGCUGACGGUCCCGGCAUAGCACAGUUCAUACAAGCCGUCGGCGAGCUCGCCCGUGGCCUGCCAUCGCCGUCCGUCGUCCCGGUCAGGUUGGACGACAAGAUCGCAACCCAAGCCGUACCUCCCUUCACCAUGGCCGUUCAUCGCUUCAUAUCCGGCCUCAAGCCAGUAUCAAACCUCGACGUACGCAACGUCACCGUCUCAUCUAGCCUUAUCAACCACAUCAUCGUCGGAGCUCGUCGUCGUGCCACCGUGUUCGAGGCGGUCGCCGCCGUGCUCUGGCAGUGCCGUACACGGGUGGUGAUGACGGAUCCUGAGGCCCCCGCCGUGCUGCUCUUCGCGGUGAACGCACGCAAGUACCUCGGCGCCAAGGACGGCUACUACGGAUGCUGCACCGCCAUGCACAUGGCCGUGUCCAAGUCCGGCACGGUGGCCAACGGCGACAUCAUGAAGUUGGUCGGCAUCAUACGCCGCGCCAAGGAGCAGAUACCGGAGCAGCUGAAGGCAGACGACGGCGAGAUGAUGCUACGGACGAUGGUAGGGGAGAAGCAGGUGAAUGGAUACGAGAGCCUGCUCUACUUGACAUCCUGGCGAAACAUCGGGUUCGAGGACGUCGAUUUCGGCAGCGGGAAGACGGCGAGGGUGAUGACCUACCCGCCGAGGAUGCUGUCCAUGAUGCCCAGGAUUGCGCCCAUCUGCUUCAUGCUCAAGGCCACAGAGGAAGGGGUCAGGGUCAUGUCAGACUGUGUUACGGCUGACCACGCCGAUGCCUUCUAUCAAGAAAUAGCCAAGCUCAAAGCCACCACCUGAUUAUAACUAUAUAUGCGAGCUAUCUAUACCUUCUUCAAUAUGCCAAUUAUGAUUUAUCUACAAUAAAAAUUUGAAUAUAUAUACCGUGCAAGAGCAUGCAUGAACAAGUAAUUC